AUGGGCCAGACUGCAACCAAAGAAUCUGCUGUCGAGUUCCUCCCGCCGGUUCAAACCCGCGACGAACUCCAGGAGAGAUUUAAAUGGUGCCUAUCAAAGCACUUUUUGAGUAAUGCGAGGAGUGAAUGGUUGCAGAGCAUUUUCGAUAUCUUCUGCACCGAGUCAGAAUCGGAGAAAUUCUGGACGGUGUCAGACCUGCAGGAAUUCAUGAUCAGCACCUUUCCUCCAGAAUUGGUAGCGUGUGUCGGUGAAGCUGCCCCGAUUCUACAUCGCUGUCUCCUGCGACUUGGAUCGUUUCCAUACCACAACGAUCCACACCGUAUAAUGUCGCAGGAUGUUCUGGGCACAGGAAUUAUUAUUCUGCUGAGAUUAGAUGGAGGCAAGCUUCUUCAACAGGAUGCCGACGAAGCGUCGCUCAUCUACCCUGAUCGUCUCAAUGCCGCACAACGCACGCUAUUGUUUCAGAGCAUGGCAGAUGUGCAAGCAACUACUACUGAUACAUCUCGCAAUGUGGAAGAUGACUUUCAUCUUCAGAAAGCGCUAGAUCUAAUUACGUAUGGUAAUUUCAGGCGCAAUGCACACUUUCCGACCUCUGUGACCAAAGGGCCUGAAUAUCCUCCCUCUGAACAUUUUCCUUCGUCCAACUCAACAUUGACGGAUGGUUGCAUGUAG